AUGACAUAACAAUAUUUUAAUUACUUAAAUUAUGUUUGAUGCCAGAGAAUCAACAGAAGGUAAAAUAGUAACAUUAGACAGGGGGGACUACACUACUUGUACCGUAAAUCUCCAAGGAGGUACAGUUGUUUCCUGGAGGAUCAACAACGAAGAACAAUUAUUCCUGGGUCGAAGAAGUUCAUUCUCGAAAUUUGCAAACAUCCGAGGAGGAGUUCGUUUGGUCUGGCCACACUAUCAUUUGUGGAGCUUCGGAAGACGACAUGGGUUUGGUAGAGAUAUGUUGUGGAGAGUAAUGAAAGGACCUGAGCUUUUACUCAAUGGAGAUAUAUUUCUCGACGUUUGUGUAACAUCGAAUCAGUACACGAAGUCUAUGUGGAACUUCGAUUUUGAAAUGCACAACAGAAUAACUCUUCAUUCAAGUCAACUAACAAUGGCCUAUACCGUCAUAAAUAAAAGUCCAUAUUUUGACUUCGAUUUCCACAUAAACCUUCAGACAUACGUGAAGGUAUCAGACAUUAGCACCAUGCGAAUUGUAGGUCUUGAAAAUUUUCCUUACGAUGAUCAGGUAAUAACAGAUGGAACUUCUAUGUUCAUAGAGAAAGAGAAGGAAAUUAGGGUUCAAGGAGAGUUUGAUAGAAUCUAUCAAGAGGUUCCGAAACUAGUAAAUAUUUAUAUGGAUAAAAAUAAACAGUUAAGUAUAUCUCUACAAAAUCUUCCAGAUUUGGGGUUUUUCAACCCUGGACCCGAAAAAGCAAAAAAGAUGGAUGAUUUGGACGACGACGAAUGGAAAUAUUUUUUGGUCGUCCAACCUGCCCAUGUGGUUAGUACGAUUAAACUUGAAAGAGGUACGAGUUGGAAUAUGUCUGUAACUUUGGAAGUAAGAAGAACUGAUGAGAAGGAAAUUCAGUAUAAAAAUUUUUACGAUUACUUUGACAAAUAUUGCUAGAAUCACUGUAGUAUAAUAAAUCUUUAUAUUAAUAUUAUUUAUAAUAAAUAAAACACAUAAAAAACAAAUAA